GCUACUCUCAGUGAUUUACUACUACAACCUACCACACUGUCCCUGUUCACUGAAUAACUCCAGCAGCAGAGUCCAACUUCUCCAUCAUCGCUAAAGGUUCAAGGAGAGUUAUUUUGUAAAAAUAGCAGAAUUGGAAGAGAGAGAGCCAGUGUUAGAGGAAGUGUGUCAGAGGAAGUCAUCAUGUCUCUAGAAGUGAAGGAGAAGACUGAGGUGCGUCUGGUGUUCCUGGGGGCGGCUGGCGUGGGAAAGACGGCCCUGAUCAGCCGCUUCCUCCAGGACACAUUCGAACCCAAGCACCGGCGCACCGUGGAGGAACUGCACAGCAAGGAGUUUGACAUCGGAGGGGCCAAGGUCACCAUCCACAUCAUGGACACCAGCGGCAGCUACUCCUUCCCAGCCAUGAGGAAGCUCUGCAUUCAGAACAGCGACGCGUUCGCCCUUGUGUACGCCAUCAAUGACCCGGACUCCCUGGAGGCUGUCAAGAGCCUGCGAGAUGAGAUCCUGGCGGUCAAAGAAGACAAGUUCACACCCAUCGUGGUGGUCGGCAACAAGACGGACCGGCAGGGCGAGCGGACGGUGUCCAGCGAAGACGUGCUGUCCACUGUUGAGCUGGACUGGAACAACAGCUUCUUGGAGACGUCUGCCAAGGAGAACAACAACGUACUGGAGGUGUUCAGGGAGCUGCUGCAACAAGCCAACCUGCCCAGCCGGCUGAGCCCCGCACUGAGACGACGCAGGGAGACCUUCCCCAAAGACGACAACAAACGGCCCCCCAUGAACAAGACCAACAGCUGUCUCAUUUCCUAAGGCAGAGGGGCUGGAGGGGUCUGACAGACAGACAAAGACAGACAGGGGACAGAGAGGCUGAGGAUGGGGACCCGAAGCUGGGUCAGUGUUACAGACAAACACAGUGGUGUUGAAUGUGCUACUACUGCUGCUGCUAUAGACCGUGCUGCUGAGUUGGAGUCUGACGGCUUCAAUUCCCUGUAAGCCUCCUCAUCUAACCAUCCUAAGUAUCUCCACCACAGCAUUUCCACUGAAGAGGAAAGGAACACUGACUGUUAAAGGGGAAGCGGAACUAAUGACGUCACACAGGUGCGGGACAUUGAUAAAGCUGAAACUAAAUGAAAGAAGUGCAAGAACACUGAAUGUCCUGAAUGUGGUGGUGUCAUUGUUAAAAAUAUACUGUGACAGUGCAAAAGUGGCAAUGAGCUUACUUUGUCAAGUUUUCAAUCUGUCCUACUAUGUUACUGUUGUGUUUGCCUUUUGUAAGUGUCGACGGUGUUCACUUGCAAUAACUGUGAAGAUAGACAGUUGUGGCUCAUUGGGAAAAGGCUGAAUUUGGACAAUGUGUCAUGAGAGCUUUUUUAUUCAUCAAGUGAAGUUUCUUUGCGAUAAAUCUUUAUUUUGCUUGUCAUGGCAACAAAGCAUAGUAGGUGAAAGCACCAAUUUGUAAGUUGCUCUGGAUAAGAGCGUCUGCUAAAUGACUUAAAUGUAAAUGUAAAUGUUCUGAAUCAAUUCUGGUUGCGUUCCUCAUUCUAUAAUACCAAUUUGUUGUUUGGCAAUAUUCAUAUGCACUUAGGAGUUAUUUUGCACAGAUAUCAUUAUUUAUUAAACAACGUACAAAAUGUGUUCAAAUAUAAAUGAUAUAGAGUGUAUUGUUUUUCUAUGAAAAUUUGAAGUACAUGUUAAUGAUUAAAUCAUGUUUAGUCACCAAAACAGUAUAACAAAUACGUUAUGGCUUUAUUACUUGUUGUAUAUAUAUUGUCUAUUCAUGAUAAAUAAAAUAUUAUUA